AUGGUGCUGACAGGGGCGAGGCUUUUAUGCAUCAAUUACGACCGCUUAAGUGAGUUGUCGCACGUGUGGGAGGCUAUGGAUCAGUACCUUGAUUAUUCAAGCGGAUGGACACUGGAGCGUGCAGCAGCAAAGGGCAUGAAGUAUCUGGUGCAGCAUCUAGCGCUGAAAGCCUCUGCAACGCCGCAAGACGAUACCAAUUUGCUCGUCAUGGAUUUUGCGGCUUGCAAUGGCCAUCUGGACAUCCUUACGUGGCUACACAACACGACGCAGCUGGACGGCUGCUCAACGCGUGCGAUGGAUGAUGCGGCCAAGAACGGCUAUCUCUCGAUUGUCCAGUGGUUGCACGAGAAUCGGAGUGAAGGGUGCACUACCAAGGCUAUGGACUACGCUGCUAGCAGCGGCCACCUGUUGACUGUGCAAUGGCUAGACGAAAACCGCUCGGAGGGCUGUACUACUCGCGCGAUGGAUUUAGCGGCGCAGAAUGGACAGCUACAUGUUCUACAGUGGUUGAACGACAACCGCUCGGAGGGAUGCACGUCUAGUGCUGUAAACUACGCAGCUACGGAGGGUCACUUUCACAUUUUACGCUGGCUGUGCGAGGUCCACAAGGAAAAGUGCUCGUUCAGCGCUAUGGUCAACGCUGCACGAGGUGGACAUCUGUACUUACUUGAGUACCUGAGCGGGCAUUUCCCCAAACUGUUCGAGAGCGUCGGCUCCAUGAUGAUGCACGCCGCCAUUGCAAACGGCCAAGCAGCGGUUCUAUCGUGGCUCGUUGACGUGCUCCCGGUCAAGUCGCUUAAGUGCGAAGAGGCUGCAGGAUCAUGGAUGGACGUUGCGUCCGAGUACGGCCAGGUAAGCAUCCUUAAGUGGUUUCACGACCACGCGACUGCAUUGACAAUGAGCGUUGACGGGCACUUUCCUGCUUGCACCGUGGCAGCUAUUGAGAAGGCAGCUAGAAACGGACACAGCGACGUACUUGUGUACCUGUACGAGAAUGACUUGGUGAACCUAACUGUUGAGUCUGAUGCUAUGAACGCGCUGGUUGCUGCAGUCGAAGGCGGCCACCGUAGCUGCGUCGAGUGGCUUAUGAUACACUUCCGCAAGCUGUACGAGCAAAGCUCGUCCUCGUCAAUGACUGCAAUGAAUGCUGCUGCUGUCUCCGGUCACGUGGACAUCCUUCAGCUUUUACGAGAUGAUUUGACAACAAAAGAUUGGCAGACUAGCGCCAAGGCCAUCAAUGAGGCGGCUCGCCGCGGCUAUGUGGACGUCUUGCGCUGGCUGCAUUUCGAUCGCUGCAAAGAGGAGACGGCGAUGAACGAAUCAUUUAGAAGCCAGGAGGAAUCGGAGCUGAUUGACUUGCGUUGGACGCCUAUGGCACUAGAGCUAGCGGCCACAAAUGGACAUCUUCCAGCGGUCCAAUGGCUCACUGAGUAUCACCGAGACGUUUGCAGCAGCUUUGAGGCAUUCAAUGCGGCUUCGUACAUGGAUCAUUUAGAGAUAGCCCAGUUCCUGUAUAGAGACAUUCGAAGCUCGUGUGCUGUGGAACAGGCGCUGGAGCACGCAGAAGAAGGAGGUGCUGAAGACACACUUGCUUGGCUUCAAGGUCUUUAG